AUUGCUUUUGUACUUCUAGUUUUUCUUAAUGCUAUUAGAUAAGGUAGUCCUAUAAAAUGGUUAGAUUUUACUAAACAAAAUUAAAAUGGCUUGUAAAACAUCGUACGAGCUUCAUCACAAUUUUCCCAAGCUCGCUGAAGAGUCCGGCUUCACAUUUAGCACACAUAAACCUCGCGUACACAUCGAAUGGAACAAAAUUCGAUUAAUCGAUAUAGAAAGUUUGAUGCGAGAUAGAAAAUUUGUACAAAUCGAACAACAUAUCAAUGAUAUUUUGGACUGCGUUCUGGAAUCAGAGUUUGAUGUGCGCAUUCUGGAUGAAGGGGUUCUAAAGAUAUUCCGGCUAGCACAGUUAGCUGUAGAAUAUCAACAAUUUUGUCGUCAUUACCUCGACAGGAGUGUCUACGUUUUGCGCGAAGAAAUCACUGGUUUAGCUCAGGAACUUGAGUAUGCGAAAAAAACAAUACGUGAAAAAGACGAUGAAAUAAGAAAGCUAAAACGUAAAACGAAAUAUAAUAUUCGAACUCCACUUCCUUAUGGUAAUGAUAAUAUCGCUAAUAUGAUUUUACAAACACUAGCUAAUAAAAGUGAUAUAUUUCCAUCCUCAAAUCAAAUAGACAAUGUGCAUUAUAAUAAAUGCAGUUAUUGCGAUAAAGUUUUUAUGAAUCAUUUAUAUUUAAAAAGUCAUAUUUCACGGCGACAUAGUAAUGUAGUAGAAAUACCUCAAAAAGAUUUACCUCGUAAUGAAAACAUUCAAAUUGAUAACGAACAAUCAAAACUACAAAAUGAAGUUAUUGAACUGAAAUCAAAGUUGCAAGAAAUGGAAGUUCUUUUAAAAGUCAGUAAUGACCAAAGCAAUCGCGAAUCAAAUACAGUAACAAAAGAAAAUACCAAAGAAACAACUGGAAACUGCUCAAACAAUCAAGCAUUAAAAAUUAAUGAGAGUAAUAUUAAAAGUCCACAGAAACAGAUGAAAGAUGUUGAGGUAUCUACAAACAGCGAAGUUUACAUAUUAGAUAAAAUAGAAGAAUGGAAAAGGGAAGAAUUUGAAAAAUACAACAAAGAAAUAGGUCUACUCCGGACACAAAUUUCUAACAUCUUAGAUUAUAAUAAAGAUAUAGUUAAAACAAACUCAGUGCCAAACGAUAAUAAAAUAAUGGAACAACUUCAAGAAACGAUAAAACAGCAAAGCGCAGAAAUAGCCUCGUUGAAAGAUGAGUUGACAAAUUCGCGAUUAAAAUCAAAAAAUGAUGAGUUAGAGAGAAAAAAAGAAAUUGACGCACAAAUCGCACUUUGGGCUGAAAGGACUGAAGCCCAAUCUAAAGAAUAUAAGCUAUUGCUACAAAAAUUAGAUAUAGUAGCUAAAGAAGCCAAGGAAUCGCGUGAGCUAGCCGAGUUAGAAAAACAGCGAGCUGUUAAAUUACAACAUCUUUUAGAACAAAAUAGUAACAAGGUAGAAAAUUGUGUGGAAAUAGCUGUAAUUCACAAAGAAAAUGACAUAAAAACUGAAAAUAGGCAGAAUAGAAAUAACAUCAAUGAAAAUUUAGCAAAACAUGCUGCAACCGUUGAAUCUCCUAAAAAGUCGACUCCAAUGCCUGACCGUAAAACACUGGAGAAAUUACAUCGUAAGGCGCAAGAACUGCUGAAUCAGUCGAUAACGUCUUCUGAUGUGUCCAGCACAAGUGAUAGUAACAAUCGUGUGCCCAUUGAAAAACGAAAUGUAAGAAAAACACUAACGAAUCACAAAAAGAGAACUAACGAAGAUAUCUUUGAAAAUGGUAAACACCAAAUUCAUAACAAAGACAGAACCAAUACGAAAAAAGCUAGAGAAAAUAGAUUAGAAACACACAAAAACAUUCAGAGCCCAGAAAUUAAGAAAAAUAAACCUCCGACGAAAAAGGAUACCGUACCUUUAACCAAAAGUGGAAGCCCAAUAAAAGUUAUAAGAGCAAAAUUAACAGAAGAAGUAAAUCAGCGCCUAGUGUCGCUCGGUGUCGAUCCGUUAAGGAAAAGGUUACCUAGAGAUAUUUUCAAUAAACAAAGACUACAACUACAAGAAAACAACGAAAUAAAAUCAAAGAAAAAUCCUGCACGUGAAAAAAUUAAUCACUACAUUAUGUCUUAUUUGGAUAAGAAAGCUACAAUCACGAAAAAAAAGACUUUACAAGAAGAUGACUAUUUUUCUCCAAAUAAAUCUUCAAAACCAUUUAGCUUAACUUCUGUAAUAUCAAAUGUAAAAUCGAAAGCAUUGUCUUUAGUAAAAACAAAUGAUGGAUUAAGGAAGGAAGAAAAAACUCCAUACGAUAGUGUUACAAGAAAAGCUCUAUCUUUACUUAAAACUCCACCAGGAUCUACAGCAACAAGCCCGAAAAUUAACAAACAAAAUUUGGAUAAUCAAAUACAUGACAUGAAAAAAUCAAUAAAAAUUAUCGAAGAGAAAGAAAAGCCUCAUAAACUAACAAAUAGUUUUGUUGACAAAAACUCCGAAAGUAGCGAAGAAUCUGAGUCAAACCCAACAAACAUAUCAGACGAAAAACCGAACCAAAACUUUAAAUCACCAAAUCGACGCCCUGCUAUUAGUGGUAUUGUCCAUGAUUAUAAUAUGCAAGGGAAAAGCGGCGACACAAGGACAAUGGACAAUGCUAAACAUAUUACAAAUGCAUUUGAAAAGACAGAUUCAAAUAAACAAAAGCGUUAUUUGAAAAUUCACAGUAGCGAUAACAGCAGCGAUGAUAAUAUAGCUUCCAUCACAGAACACGGAUUAAGAAAUGCCAUUUCUGAUGAAAAUGUAAACGAUCAAAAGCAAACCAAAGGUGUACUAAAAAGUGCUUCCUCCAUGUCUUCCUUGUAUAAGAAAAAAGUAUUAUUUGAUAUGGAUGCUAUACAAAUGAAAUCUGUCAGUGCAUCGCCCUCGCAGAGUAUUACUGAAAAAAGUGAUAAAAAUGAAAAAACUGAAUUAGGAAUCAUAAAUCUUGAUACUGAAGAAUGGGAUUUAUCGAGCAUAGAAAAUGAGCCGUUAAAAGAGAGAACAAUAAAACUCAGCACGCGUACGAGUCCAAAAAUAGCGGAGUUAAAGCAAAGUAUUGAAUCACAACUAACUCGACGUAAUCCAACUCUUUCAACUGCUUUAGUAGGAGGAGUGGAUGUUCUACAGGGCCCGACGAUGACAAAAGCCGCAAGCCUCGGCAGCAACACGAGCCUGGGUAGUUCCAUUCUUGACGACUCAGAGUUUGUUGUACAUCAAAAUCAUACAGCCUUUGUAAAGCCAAAAAAGUUAACAGAUAAAGAUGAUAGUGAAAUUGAUAUUUCAGAGGUUGUAGACGAUAUUAUUGAUAAUAAGCAUAAAUCCUUUAAAAAAUAAAUUAAGGAAUUACUUUGAACAAUGAAACGUAAUUCUAUUAUUCAGUACACACUCCCAUAUUCGCAAUGGCGAUAUUACCCAAAACAUACAUAAACAAUUCAAAAUGUCACUGUUGGAUUAUAAACAUCCAAGGUUUGUAAAUUGCCAAGGGAAAAUUACGGUAAAUCAGAUAUUGCAGAACCUCAACUUGCAACCAAAUGGCACUCAUGUAGUGCCGAGAAAUAUUCUUUACAGUUUAACUUAGCAAACUACAAAGGUGCAGGAUUCAUGAUGUACAUAUUUAGGUUGGUAACAUAACAUCGUGAACUAAGGAAUGUGAUCAUUUGCCUGUUUGGACAAAGGUUAUGAGCCAUAUUUCUCUUAAUGACAAAAUAUUCCAUAUGAAUUAACA